AGUGCUUUUCAUUUGAAGUUGGUAACGACACCCGCAAUGCCUGCGCAUACCUAAACAAUUUCACCCCCAGGGGGAGCUAGGGAUAUCAGUAGCGUCUCGCUAUUGAAAUGCUCGGAGUACUUUGGCGAGGAAAGGAGCCAUUGGCAGUGUUGUGGGGAGCGGUUAAAAUUGUCUGUAGGAAUUACGGCAGUUGGAGUCACAAUCUUGAUUUUGACGUUGUUGUGGUAGGUGGUGGGCAUGCAGGAAUUGAAGCAGCGGCUGCAGCGAGUCGUGUAGGCUCCCGUGUUGUAUUAAUCACUCAGAAACUUUCCACAAUAGGUGAAAUGUCGUGCAACCCAUCGUUUGGAGGAAUUGGAAAGGGGCAUUUGAUGCGAGAGAUUGAUGCCCUUGAUGGUCUUUGUGCUAAAAUAUGUGAUAAAUCGGCUAUUCAAUUUCGUGUUUUGAAUCGAAGUAAAGGACCUGCUGUGUGGGGCAUACGGGCUCAAAUAGACAGAGAUAUGUACAAGAAAAACAUGCAGGAUGUUGUAUCAAGCACACCGGGUUUAGAAAUGAUGGAGGAUUCUGUGGAGGAUAUUAUGCUUCAGCCAUCAUCUUCAUGUCAAAGGGUGGCUGGUGUGCACCUUGCAUCAGGUAAAAGUUUGAAGUGCAAAGCAGUUGUUAUUACUACUGGUACAUUUUUGAACGGGAAAAUAUACAUAGGUCUAGAGAGCUUUCCUGCUGGCAGAAGAGGAGAUGCCCCUUCUAUUGCCUUAGCAAGUGUACUUGAUGAUGCUGGAUUUCUUUUAAGACGGCUUAAAACUGGAACUCCUCCUCGGAUUGAUGAGAGAACUGUGGACUUCAGAUAUUUAGAAAGACAGUUUGGUGACAAGCCACCUAUUCCCUUUUCAUUUCUCAACCUUAAAGAUGGAUUUCAGGUGCAUUUUGUUUUUGCUUUGCUCCUUGGUGCAUGGACAUGCACAACAGGGUUUCCCAUAGUAUGUUUUGCCUGUGUCAGUGUUUGCCCUAUUUUCCCUCCACACAAAACCCACACAUGUUGAGUAACACAAUGGGGAGACUACUCGGAUUGUUUAUGCGUACCAUAGUUUGUCCUGUCUUGAUGUAUGUAGUUUUCCACUAUGCACGUUCUGUCUGCGUUUGUCUCAGUGCAUGUAGAUUUCUCACUCUGUAUGUCUUGUCAUUAUCGCGUUUUUGUGCCAGUCAACAAAACAACUGCUGGGGUAUAGCACUAUCACUAAGUACGGUAGUACUUAGUAUAUAGGGAUGACACAGGUUGUCCUGCAUUAUGCCCAUACAUUGAGAUUUUCAUGUUUCACUUUCUAUUUCAAUCAGAUCCAAUUUUUGACACAUCAGACUAAUUUGUAUCGUCACAAACAGCAUGUAUCCAAGAAAUAGCUUAUAUCGAUUCUUGUUGUUGUUGUUGUUUAGUUUAGACAUGCUUAUCUCAAAAACCAGGUGAGAUAUGGAGAUAAAACUUUGCACAAAGAUUGGAAUCCAUGAC